AGCGCCAUGACACAGAUAUCUCAUCACUCCCGCUUCUGCUCCAUCUCAUCAACGGCGGCGGCGACGACAGCACCGACGAGAGGGACGCCGAGGCCAUCAACAUGAUCAACAGCUACUACUGCGCGCAACAGCAGUACAGCCAGGCCCCACCCGCGUCUAACAACCCCUUCCAGCAGCAGUCGUCGACCAACCCGUUUCGCCAGAGCGUCUACCUGCCGCAGCAGGUCACGCCAGACAUCUCCGCGUCUUACUCGAGCUCGCAGUUCCUCCCUCAUGGACAGCAGCUCCUGCCUCAGCCACUCUAUGGCCAGGCGCUGGUCCACAACUCGCGCUCUAGCUCUCCAUCCCCAUCACCAUCGGGUUGGGGGUACACGCCGGCCACCUACGCUAGCCCUCUACAGCCUGCCCAACCGAUGGCGGCAGCGCGAGGGCUACCCGGACCUUUCGCCGACCCCGUGGCCAGCCUGACGGGGCAGUUCGGGCACAUGGACGUUGGUGUCGACGGGCAUCCACUUGGGCGUCCACAGCAUGUCGCCCCAUCGACACUGAAUCCCAUGCUAACGCUGGGAAUCUUCGAGCAGUCCAUUUCCUUGCCAGCUGCAGCGAGCUACCAACCACUAUCUCGGCGUACCUCAUCCACGUAUUCCCCAUCGUCGCCAUCGACGCCAACUCGGACACCAUCCCCAUGUACACCAGCGCCCAUAGUUCAGCCGCUGAGCUCAUCUGCUUCCGUUCACGGUCGUACCUCCUCGCCCAGACCACUGCCACUGCGGAGAGGCUCCCCCGCACGGCAUGUGCGCAGUAUACGCGAGGCCCCCGUCCGCUAUCAGCCCGCUAUGCGUGAGUCUGGCCGACCUGGCACGCUGUGGAUGUGUCCCAAAACAACCGCCAUCACCUACCGAACGACUUGGCAUGUCCUGCGCGCAUCAGGGCUGCUGCUCACUUGCUGUCCACCUUGCUAUGUCGCCUUUGCCGCGGGUGGGUCUCUCGGCUUCGAGGCCGAGGAGCUAGAGUCCAAGAAGUGCAUGUUCCACACCAAGCGCGCGCAGGCGCUCCUCCUCGCUGGAGACGCCGCGGGGAUAGCAGCCUACUUUCGAACACGAGCCAGGGUUAAGGACUGCCCGGGAGUGUCUGCCUGCUCGGCAACGUCUGGCAUCGCAUGGUAUCGGCCUAUCAACGGACCACCAGGGACAGUUUGUUGCGAAGCAUGUUUCGAAGACCACGCCAAAGCCAACACCUGGGCGAGCCGAUUCGAGCGUGUUGCGCACCCGCCAGACGCGCAGUGGCGCUGUGACUUUGCCAAGGAAAGCGUACGCGACGGGUACAUCAAGCUUGCUCCAGACCAUUGGGACGAGUGGCGACGCCUGGUUGAGCGCCGCAACGCGGUGCGGCCAUGUACCAGCUACGACGUCAAGGCUGGUUCGCGCAAGUGGUACACGGUCACCCCAGCGAUUACGGGACUCGUCGUAUGCGAGGCCUGCUACCUUGACAAGGCGACGACGAGCCGUUUCGCCGCACACUUCGUCCCAUACGCGGUCAACAACCCAAACGACAUGUACAUGUGCGACUUCUCGAGCCUCUAUUUCGUCUUCCCUUUGGUCGUGGCGGAUGAGACGAACGCGUGGGGCAAAUUCCAGACGGCGGCGAGCCGCGUUAUGGACUGCGCGAUGGCGCAGAUGAACGGCGCACGACAGCAGUUCUGGGGGCUCGGUCCGGGACCGCGGGGACGUGAUUCCGACUGGGACGUCUGCGAGAAAUGCUAUGCUAGCCUGUUCGAGCCGUAUGGCUUCGACCGGUUCCUCCAGCCCCGUCCGCCGCCGCAGGCGUCGAGGAGUUUGGUAUCCCGGGCAAGGCAGUGCGACAUGUGCCCGGGUGCACCCCACAAGGCUGAGAUGCUGGCUCGACUGCAAGAGGCUGCUUAUGCUGGUGUAUUCAGCUACUUCAGUGAGUGGGCGCGCAGUGCCGCCGGUUCCCGACAGUACAACCGCCCAGAGGGCUUGUGCUAUGCGACGCGAGGGUGGGAGUAGACGGCGAGUGGGCGAGAAGUUGUAUCAGCGGCGCAUAUAGACAGCGAAUGUACCAAGUUGUGACUUCUGCUUCCCGCGUUUGAUGAGGAUAUAGAUUGGUAUGUCGUGAUCGUUUUGCACACAUGACCGCUAAGGAUCUUGACGCC